CUGGAGAUUACAAGCACGUUAUACCGGCGUGAAAAUGUCUAGCAAUCGCUGAGCGGAAGAGGCAGAGAAACUUGCAGCAGCUUCUCGCGGGGACCCUUCCUUCCGCCAUAGGGGCUUCCUUGUUGAGCCGAGCACGCACGAGCCCACUCCCCAAGGACGUAAUGAUAUCAACGUUACGCAGCUACAGGCGGAACAGACAGCAAACGCAGAGGGUUGAGUCGAGUCUGUUACUGGGAAGUUACGGAGGUGAUUAGCAAACGUGAUAACUUCUUAACCAUAUAAUUGUAUAACGUACUAGGUGAACCAGUGGUUAAUGAGGUCUGCAGACGCGAGCCUUCCUUACAGUGCCCAUAUAGAAACGUAGGUAGCAGAAGUGUCUUUGCUGUGGACGUAGUGGUAAGGGAGGGCUACUAUUUCAGUUAGUUUUCUUUCAGCACUUAAACUCAGCCUUUCCCAUAAGUCGUCGAUGACCAUUUCUGCCUCAAAGACCAGGAAGUCGUGUUACGGUGAUUUGGCUUGCAUGGAUCUAGAGAGAGAACUGUAGAAUUAAAUGGAGACUUGCAUGACCUAAAAAUAACUGGCUUUGCAAUGCAGGCUAGAGUCAAAGUUAAUCUAUAAACAUUAUUUCUAGGUCAUUGUCCUGUGAUGAAAGGCUUGCUUAUGCUUGCAUGAAUCCUGAUCAUGGCAUUUCGCUGACAGUUCGUAUUCUGUACUGCCUUCCAGUACGUUUGUAUUACAUUGUUUCCAUUUUGGAAUCUAGAUGUCAUUUUAGACGUUGGAACGCUUAUCUGGUAGAUAAAUUGCUACUUUCAUUUCAAUGUACUUCAUCUAAAGAAUGGCCCCAUCAAAGUCUGUAACAAAUUUACUUACUUUUUCUAGUGGAAUUGUCCUUGGUUUUCUUUGCUGUUAUCUUAUUUUUAAUUCUGUACUUCUGGAGAAAGUGAAGCGGCAGUCUCCCAUCCUGCAUAAUGACCCACAUGGAGGUCAUUCCGAGGAGGAGGAGGAUGUUCCCCCAUUAAUUGGGCAGAUGAACUUUAAUGCAGAUGUUGUGCAGCACCAAGGAGAAGACAGAAGUGUCGCAGAAUCACUGUACAAGAAGGUACGAGUUCUCUGCUGGGUGAUGACGGGGCCACAAAACUUGGAGACAAAAGCUAAGCAUGUAAAGAGCACUUGGGCCCAGGACUGUAACAAAGUGCUGUUCAUGAGCUCAGAAGAAAACAAAGACUUUCCCACAGUGGGACUAGAAACUAAAGAGGGCCGAGACCAGCUCUACUGGAAAACUAUCAAAGCCUUCCAGUAUGUACACGACCAUCACUUAGACGAAGCAGACUGGUUUAUGAAGGCCGACGAUGACACCUUUGUGAUACUUGACAAUCUAAGAUGGCUUCUGUCAAAAUACAGCCCUGACCAACCCAUUUACUUCGGAAGGAAGUUUAAACCGUAUGUUAAACAAGGGUACAUGAGUGGAGGAGCUGGUUAUGUGUUAAGUAAGGAGGCACUAAAGAGAUUUGUUGAUGGAUUUAAAACACAGAAAUGCACACACUCUUCUUCUGUUGAGGAUCUGGCUUUAGGGAGAUGUAUGGAGAUUGUAAAUGUCGAGGCCGGGGACUCAAGAGACACAAUCCAGAAAGAAACAUUUCAUCCCUUUGUGCCAGAAAGUCACUUAAUUACUAAUUAUCUCCCCAAAAAUUUUUGGUACUGGAACUACAACUACUAUCCUGCUAUAGAGGGACCAGGCUGCUGUUCUGACUUUGCAAUAUCAUUCCACUAUGUUGAUGCUAAAACCAUGUAUGUUUUGCAGUAUCUCACAUAUCACCUUCGUCCAUAUGGUUAUGUAUACAGGUACAAACCAAAUAAGACGCAAAAUAGCAUUGGGAAGGCAAAGCUUCUAUAAUCCAGACUUGUGCAAUAUGACAUUAUUAAUAAUGUUGCAAAAAUCAUGACUUCUUGAUGCACUGAUGCCUUUUGGUUGUUAAGACUUGUUUUGAUUUGACCCUGCAUUGCAGGUUUGGAGUCUGCUACAGAAACCUUAUAUCCCCGAAAGCUGCUAGUAUUGAGGAGUAGACUAACUGUCACUGGAGAAUCAUGAGAACUUUAAAUGACGGAAAGGCAGUGUUUCUGCAAUGUACUAAAAUAUGUACUUUAUCAUUUGUAAUCUGUAUAAUAUUCGUGUCAUGAUGAAAUAUUAAUUUUUGUAUCAUUUGUGUCUUACAUGUAUAAUGUACCACAGUGCUUGUGAAGCCACUGGAAUUUUACUAUAGAGUUUUUGUAACAUUGGACCUCUUCUAAAAGAUUGUGUUCUUUAGGAAAAAUAGCAUAUUAAUUUCUGCAAAACAAAGAAAAGAACAUGAUGUAUGCUUCCUGCCAAAGAUAAGUGAUUUUCCUCACUAAGGGACAUGCUUAGACUUUUCUGGCCGUCUUGUGAGAAAAAAAUGUUGUAUGUAGCUAUGCUAAAAAUAUGUAUUUAACAGAAUGUUCAGUCGAAAGUUCAGAACAGGGCUAAAAAGCAGAAUUCUGAUGCAGAAAUCAGUCAUAGUACUGACACAGUCUGAAAGAAUGCCAUUAUCUGUCCACGAGUUCACAUUGGAUGUCUUUGUAUGAUGUGAGGAUCAGAUUUUAAUGUCCGUAUUUUCUGUGUCGAUAAACUUGUUUGUAAAUAUAUAUACUUUGAUUAGCUAGCUAAUACCUGUUUAAUUUUACUAUCGGUUAGCAAACUUGAGAUGAAUUCCUUCAGUGAUUUCCACGUAUGAGGGAAUUUGACAUUAUGUGCUAAUAUUUAAAAUCACGGAACUCGAUUAUCAAUGAA